CAACAAACUGUGGAUCCAGCUACAAAAAACAUUGAAAAAACUAUUUUAGCACUCAAUAAUGAAAUCAGUAAAAUGCGCACGGAAUCAGAAUGGAAAAGUGAAACACAGAGUCUAGGGCGCGUCUCUAUUACAAGCCAUAGAUCGGAAUAUUCAGAUGGAACUGAGGCUAUCUGGGUUGAAUUUACAUACCUCUUUGAUGAGAGAAGAAAAAGAGAAGGGUGUUCCCCCGCUACAAUGUAUAAUGUCUUAUCUGAAGAAAUUAGACUUAGUCCUGCGACGUUAUCUGGAUUUUAUCGCCACCAAAAAAAACCACAUGUUACAACAUUAGAUAAAAUCGAAGCUUGGGUCGAUAAAGAAGGGAAAAAGAAAGACAA